CCUCUGCUAAUCAGCGGAAAGAACAUCAAAAGUGCUUCUCGAAGAAGUCUGUAGAACCCUUUCUGGCCCCCUCCAUCUCUGUUCUUGAAGGAGCAGACGUGUUUUCUGUCAAGUAAGUUGGUUUAAUUUGAAGUGAAGAUGAGCGUGGUUGGGUUUGAUUUUGGUAAUGAGAGUUGCAUUGUUGGUGUUGCAAGACAGAGAGGGAUUGAUGUUGUGCUUAAUGAUGAAUCAAAACGUGAGACACCAGCUAUUGUGUGCUUUGGGGACAAACAGAGAUUUAUUGGGACUGCAGGGGCUGCAUCUACUAUGAUGAACCCCAAGAACUCUAUUUCUCAGAUAAAGCGAUUAAUAGGCAGGCAGUUCUCAGAUCCUGAGUUGCAAAAGGAUCUCAAGUCAUUGCCUUUCAAUGUCUCUGAAGGCCCUGAUGGUUUCCCCUUGAUUCAUGCCCGUUAUUUAGGUGAAAUGAAAACAUUUACACCAACCCAAGUUCUGGGGAUGGUGUUAUCAAACUUGAAAGACAUAGCUGGGAAGAACCUGAAUGCGGCAGUGGUUGACUGCUGCAUUGGAAUCCCAGUUUAUUUUACUGAUCUUCAAAGGAGAGCUGUAUUAGAUGCAGCCACAAUUGCUGGUUUACAUCCCCUUCGCUUGAUUCAUGAAACUACAGCUACAGCAUUGGCUUAUGGAAUUUAUAAGACUGAUUUACCUGAAAACGACCAAUUAAAUGUUGCCUUUGUUGAUAUUGGACAUGCAAGCAUGCAAGUAUGCAUUGCUGGUUUUAAGAAGGGCCAGCUCAAGAUAUUGUCUCACUCAUUUGACCGGUCUUUAGGUGGUAGAGAUUUUGAUGAAGUUCUAUUUCAGCAUUUUGCUGCGAAAUUUAAGGAAGAAUACAAGAUUGAUGUUUUCCAGAAUGCAAGGGCAUGUCUAAGGCUUCGUGCUGCCUGUGAGAAGCUGAAGAAAGUUCUCAGUGCCAAUCCUGAGGCUCCUUUGAACAUUGAGUGCUUGAUGGAUGAGAAAGAUGUCAGAGGUUUCAUUAAGAGGGAGGAUUUUGAACAAAUCAGUGUCCCAAUUCUGGAACGUGUGAAGAGGCCACUGGAGAAGGCUCUUGAAGAUGCUGGGCUUGCGGUUGAGAAUGUUCACAUGGUUGAGGUAGUUGGUUCUGGCUCUCGUGUGCCUGCCAUCAUCAAGAUUUUGACAGAGUUCUUUGGCAAGGAACCUAGGCGUACAAUGAAUGCAAGUGAGUGUGUAGCAAGGGGCUGUGCCUUGCAAUGUGCAAUUCUUAGCCCAACAUUUAAAGUUCGUGAGUUUCAGGUCAAUGAGAGUUUUCCUUUCCCAAUUACUUUGUCUUGGAAAGGAUCAGCUCCAGAUGCUCAGAAUGGAGGAGUUGAACAACACCAAUUGGUCUUCCCAAAGGGGAAUCCAAUUCCCAGUGUCAAGGCCGUGACAUUCCAUAGAACAAACACAUUCACCAUUGAUGUUCAGUAUGCUGAUGUGAGUGAACUGCAAGCACCUGCAAAGAUAAGUUCAUACACGAUUGGUCCUUUCCCAACUAUAAGAAGUGAGCAGCCAAAACUGAAGGUCAAAGUUCGCCUGAAUUUGCAUGGGAUUGUGUCUGUUGAGUCAGCAACGCUCUUAGAGGAAGAGGAAGUUGAAGUUCCAGUCGCAAAAGAGCCGACUAAUGAAGCUUCUAAAAUGGAGACUGAAGAAGCUACAAGUGAUGCUGCUCCUCCAACCAGUGAGCCUGAUGUUAACAUGCAAGAUGCUAAGCCAGCACCUGAUGCACCAGAGGUCGAAAAUGGUGUUCCUGAGUCUGGUGACAAACCUGUGCAAAUGGAGACUGACAGCAAAGUUGAAGCUCCAAAGAAGAAGGUAAAGAAAACAAAUGUCCCUGUGUCAGAGUUGGUUUAUGGUGCACUAUUGCCUGCAGAUUUACAAAAGGCAGUAGAGAAAGAGUUUGAAAUGGCUUUACAAGAUAGAGUUAUGGAAGAAACUAAGGACAAGAAAAAUGCUGUUGAGGCCUAUGUCUAUGAAAUGAGGAAUAAGCUAAGUGACAAAUAUCACGAAUUUGUCACAACUCAGGAGAAGGAGGUGUUUAUUGUUAAGCUUCAGGAAGUGGAGGACUGGCUAUAUGAAGAUGGUGAGGACGAAACAAAAGGCGUUUACAUUGCCAAGCUUGAGGAACUGAAGAAGCAAGGUGAUCCCAUUGAAGAACGUUACAAGGAAUACACAGAGAGGGGAUCUGUCAUCGAUCAGCUUGUUUAUUGUAUCAACAGUUAUAGAGAGGCAGCCAUGUUAAAUGAUCCCAAAUUUGAUCACAUUGAGUUGGAUGAAAAGCAAAAGGUUCUGAAUGAAUGUGUGGAAGCUGAGGCCUGGCUAAGAGAGAAAAAACAGCAGCAGGAUCAACUUCCCAAGUAUGCAACAUCAGUUCUCUUGUCAGCUGAUGUGAGAAGAAAGGCUGAAGCUUUGGACAGGUUUUGCCGUCCGAUAAUGACAAAACCAAAACCAGCCAAACCAGUAACGCCUGAAGCACCUGCAACCCCACCUCCUCAGGGAAGUGAGGCACAGCAACAGGGUACCGAUGCCAAUGCUAAUGCGAAUGCUAGCCCCAACCAUAGUGAGAAUGUGCCAGAAGACGGCACCGGUGCACCUCCAGCUUCUGCAGAACCUAUGGAAACAGAUAAGUCGGAAACUACUAGUACUGCAUAAUUCAUUAUGCACUGGUAUGCUUUUGCCUCGACAUCCAGUUAAGAAUCUGGUUCCUAUGUAUACGAACUGUUUUUUAGAGGAGCCUGAGACCAUUUCUUUGUCAGGCUGACAUGAGAGGCUGUGUUGUUUGGUUACUUUUAUUUUCAAUUUGUAAAGCCCUUUGAUUUGGGUCAUCUUCCAAAACUUCUACCAUUAUUAAGAUUGUCCCUAGCAUAUGGUGUUCGGAAGAGGUUUUUUAAGAGUAAAGAUUGCUAGGGUUCCUUGCAACGUUUUUCGGUUGGUUGAGGGACCAAAUUUCAUUCUGAAGGAUAUGUGUUUAUUUCAUUAAUAUUGGUAGGAUUUUAUUUAUUUAUUUGAAUUAGGAUCUUUCAAAUAACUUUUGUUUCUUCAUAAAAUGUUGUUCAUGCC